GCCGUUCUUCCUGCCGAGCGCUGUAGUGGCCGUCGUCCACAGUUUAAAUGAGCCGACGGCGCACAUGGUUGACGUUACCUCUACACUGACAGGACAGAUCAAGUUGACUCCAGAUUGACUUGCAUUGCAUGUGCUCUGUACGACAGGACACUCGUAUUCUCCUUGCAACUCCCCCUUCGUCAUUCGUAGGGUCCACGAGGCGAACGUUGUUAGUGCCCGGUCGCCGGUAUAUCCUUCGCCUGCGGACCUCUCUAGCUGAGUCUAGGAGGCUCACAGAAAGCUGCGUGCCAAUCCAUCAUGGAAAAGGUGCUGGAGUUUCAGACGCUGGACGAUGAUGGUGUCCGCCAUAGAGGAGGCGGCUCCCUAUCAGAGGUGAAGCCUGCCAGCUUCGACCGUGACAGGUAUGAGUUGGCUCGGGUGGGGAAGGAGCAAGUUCUAAAGCGUCGUUUCGGUUUGGUGAGCAUGACAGGGCUGUCAUGCGGCCUCAUGUGCACGUGGGAGAGCAUAUUAGUAGUAUUCUCGAUUGGUUUCCAGAAUGGUGGGCCCGCUGGCUUGAUAUACGGAUUUGUUCUUGUAUGGCUAGGCAACAUCUCUGUGUUUAUCGCCAUAGGUGAGCUCUCGAGUGCCAUUCCGACCGCCGGUGGUCAAUACCAUUGGGUGUCACUCCUCGCACCGCGUUCCUGUAAAAGGUUCUUUAGCUACAUCACUGGUUGGCUGACAGUCAUUGGGUGGAUUGCGGCGUUGACAUCUGUUUGCUUCUUCGUUGCAGAUCUCACGUUGGGUCUUGUUUCCCUCAGUCACCCCGACUAUGUUCGGGAACUUUGGCACGGUACACUGCUCCUGUGGGCCGUCCUGUUGCUGUGUGUCUUCAUCAAUGUGUUUGUCAGCGGAGCGCUACCCACUAUCGAAGUGAUUGUGCUUGUCAUCCACGUCCUGGGUUUCUUCGGCAUUCUCAUACCACUAGUUUACCUGACGGGCUCUCAUCACUCCGCGAAAGAGAUCUUCACCACAUUCAACAACCAAGGGCAGUGGAGAACGACGGCUUUGGCUUUCUUCAUUGGCCUACAAGGAAAUGCUCUGGCGUUUGUCGGAACAGACUCUGCGGUCCAUAUGUCAGAAGAGGUCAGAAAUGCCAGUACAGACGUUGCACGCUCGAUGCUUCUCAGUCUCGGCAUCAACGGUUGUCUCGCACUGGGCAUGCUCAUAUCGGUUCUAUUCAGUGCUCCCGAUAUCCAGAGACUUAUGGACGAUACUACAUCAACGACACCAGUGUUCAUGCGCAUCUUUGAGUAUGCAACCGGCUCUGUGGUUGGAGCGACCAUCAUGACCGUCAUCAUUAUCUCUCUAGAAUUCUGUAGCGCAAUGGGUUGCCUGGCAGCGGCGUCGCGUAUGACAUGGUCGUUCGCGCGAGACUUCGGUCUGCCAUUUGCGCCAGCUCUUCAGAAAAUCGACCAACGUACGACUAUCCCAGUGAACGCCAUCCUCGUCGUAACCACGCUUUCCGCUCUCCUCGCGCUCAUCAACAUCGGCAACAAUGCUGCAUUCAAUGGGACCAUCUCUCUCGUGCUCGAGGGCUUCUACAUCUCCUAUCUCCUCGCGAUUGGGCUUCUCUUAUGGCGACGCCUCCGCGGCGACUUGAGCAACCCCUACUCAGGUCUCACCGCCUUCCACUCCGACCGACAAGCCGACGAGACACUCGACAGGAGCUUGGGAUGGGGUCCAUGGCGGCUGGAAGGAUGGCUAGGCACUGCCAACAACGUCAUGGCCUGCUGCUAUCUCCUCCUGCUCAUCUUCUUCAGCUUCUGGCCGAACAACUUCAAGAUCGAAUAUCCGUCGCAGAUGAAUUGGGCUGUGGUCGUGACGGCAGGCGUGGCGUCUUUCAGUGUGGGGUACUACCUGCUGUACGCGAGAAAGAGCUACUCGGGACCGAAGGUGGAGGUCGAUCCUCCGCUCUGAAAAGAGAUACCAGCCACCAUUGAGAUCUUGAAGGCGAAAGG